AUGAGUAAAGAGAAGGUCCUGCCCCCUAGCCCAUACCUAAUCCACUGCUCUAUGAAACCAUGUGACAAAGUCAAUGAAAACUACCAAAGCCUGACUUGGCGCUUUCGGAGAACUAGUAGGGAUCCGCCGGAAGAAUGGACGCCCCGCCCGGGUUUCGUCCCCAAAGCAGGCUCCUGGGGUCCUGGGGAAAGCCAGGGCGCCCUCGGCCAGCCGUGCGACCCGGCGGCCCGGGGAACCGCGGCGCCGACCCGCCAGCCCCGGGGACGGACCGCGUUCUCCCGCACCCCGCGCCGCCAGCCAGCCCUGCGGAGACUCGGAGACGACUUGUGCAAACUUGGGAAAGCAACUUUCCCGGGGAGCCGGACGGGAGAAAGGGAGCCGGGCGAGGGGAGGCGGGAAGCGACGCGGAUGGGAGGCGCGAGGCCGGGCGGGCCGGACGGGGGCGAGGCGGCGGACCGCCCCGCGGAGAAGGGGCAGCACGGAAGCGCGGCGGCGGGCAGUGGGAGCGAGAGCAAGGGGGGGACCUGCCGGCCCUCCCCCUCCGACCCGGGCCGCGGCCCCCCGGGAGCCACGGGCAGUGCCUGGCGCGUCCGUGCGCCCCGGGGCCCGCGGGCCGGCGGCACCGUGCGCGCUGCGAGCGCGAGCGGGAGCGCUCCCGGGGCUGUGCGGGCCGGCCGCCGGCGCGCCGGGCUGCGGGAGGCGUCCUGACGCAUCAGGUGCAGAGCCGGGCACCCGCCGGGCGCGGCCGGGAGCGCACGCGAGCUCCGGCGCCGCGGCGGGUCCCGCCGAGAGCCGAGCGGGGCCCGGAGCCCUGGCGACCCUGAGCUGCGCCGCGGCCGCCCCUCCCCCCACGCCGGGGGGAUCAAGUCCGACCAGGAAAAAUGCCCACCACGUUUUCCAAAGAGAAACAAAACCCAAGCGGGCCCCGGUCCUGCCCCCCGCCGCCCCACGGUCCGCUCUCGGGUCCUCCGCCCCUGGCUCCCCAGCCCGCCGGCGAAGACACAC